CAAUAGCAAGGCCCAUUUGAGUUUCUUACCUUAAAGAGCGUUGUUGUGUGGUAGUUUACAGACUAGCAUUCUUGUCGAUCAUGUCGAGGGAUCCCCUUGUCGUAGGUCGUGUUGUUGGUGAUGUGUUGGACCCAUUCAUCAGGUCCGCAUUUCUUAGGGUGAUCUACAACAACAGGGAGGUGACGAAUGGGUCUGAGCUCAAGCCAUCGGCGGUGGUGCAUCAGCCGAGGGUCGAGAUCCCAGGACGUGACAUGAGGACCCUUUACACACUUGUGAUGGUGGACCCUGAUGCACCAAGCCCAAGCAAUCCAACCAAAAGAGAGCACCUGCAUUGGUUAGUGACGGACAUCCCUGAAACAACUAAUUCUGGUUUUGGAAAUGAAAUUGUUGGCUAUGAGAGUCCACGACCAACAGCUGGCAUUCAUCGUUUUGUGUUCGUGUUGUUCCGACAAGAGGUCCGACAGACUAUUGAUAAACCUGGAUGGCGACAAAACUUCAACACCAGGGACUUUGCAGCACUUUAUAACCUUGGACCACCGGUUGCUGCAAUGUACUUCAAUUGCCAAAGGGAGAAUGGUUGUGGUGGAAGAAGGUACCAUGCUGUCAGUGGAUGGACAUGAUGACCUGUUCUGAAGUGUCAACCAUUUGAGAGGUUGGUCAUACUAAUCCAGGAAUAUAGAGUGCAGCCUGGAAAUAAGAGUUGGGCUCUCAGGAUUACUUGUAAUACAAUAUGAAGUGCUUAUGCUUAACACUUUCCAGAGUGGUUUUUCCCCUUUUUUCGUUUUCCCCUUGUGUGUGCUAGUUGGACUUGCUUCCAUAAGCUAAUGAAGUGAAAAGAAUUGUGUCA